UCAAUAUAUCCCAAGACCCAAAGAGUGCCUGCAUGCUGCAGCACGAACUCCCCACUGUGCUGCGCUGCACUCCCCGCAUAGCCUGAUCUUGCAACCUUGGUAGCGUCGUCAUUGCUGGGCUAUACUACCUAGUCCUAAGACUCAAGACCAUACACACAACAGAACCAGAACAACGAACCAUAGAAUAUAACCCAUAAACCAUGGCCGCAUACGACGGCUACCGCAGCCAACCCGACUAUCACGCUCCUCCUUAUGGCUCCUCGUACGACUCAAAUUAUGACUCGCGCUCUUACCACUCUGCCGCCCAGUUCCAAAAUCCACUGCAUCACGAUCAUCCACCCAGGCCAAGGUCUCGCGCAUCUUCCAAUGCCCCAUCCGACGGUCAGGCGCAACCGUUGAAGAAUGCCCUCAACAAUGCUUUCGAUAAAUCCGAUAGCGCCCAAAGGGUCGAUCCCGAUCUCAUCGCUCAGAUCACGGCCGAAGUGAAAAAAUCUGUUCUCGAUGAGAUCAAGCUCAGCGGCGUGGGCGGUGUUACAGGCCAACCCCAGUCUACGACAACAUUGCCACAUCACUAUGUUCCUCAAUCACCCACCUCCACGUCCUCAUCUUUCCCUCCCCGAAACGUGUACACUCCUCCAUCACCAAAACCUCAUGACUUUUCUAGCCAUGGCACCACCUCCCCAGACCCUCUAGCGCGCGAUCCAAUGUUUGACGGCGCUGGUGAUACGCCAACUCCACGAGGUGCUACCACUGCUCCUGUCGACAUUCCAUCAGAGAGAACUUCCAGGUCGCGACCACCUCCCGUCCAGAGGAUGUCUACAGAUGCCGACUUCACGCCCAUAGAGAAGAUGUGGGGCAGGUUGUUCGAUCCCAGCGGCCAGCCGACACCGCGGCUCGGACAGUUCUUGCGCGGUCUUGCAUUGCAUCUGAUUAAUGAUUACGAACCGAAACGGAGCCUUGUCAUUCCACCUUCAAAAAUGUUGAAGUUCUACAGUGAUGUCAAGCUUCCUGACGAAAUAUAUCCUUGGCCCACAAUGUUCGGAAAGCUGUCGCCUACGACACUUUGCAAAAUCUAUCGCGAAAUGCGAUGCGAGCAUCAUCUUAUCCAAGAGAACCUUGCGGACACCCCACAUGUCCCCGCACUGACUCCCGAAGGUUUCGAAGAAUGGAUGACUGUCAUGAUCCAAGCUUAUCCAGAUACCGAAUAUGCGCGGUUGUCCAUGGCAGUCCUAGACAUGCCGAUUAGCAAUGCAGACGACGCCAAGGAACGUUUCCCUAAAGAGCUUCCUCGACGGUUGUUCCCAACGCAAGAACACCUCCAUGCUCAGCAGCGGUGCGCAGCAAUCCUAUCUGCUGAGAAUGUUGGACCUCUUCGCCGGGCACCGACCUUUCCUCCACCUCCCCCAGUGAGCAACGACGCUGGACCUGCGCCGAGUCUGGAACGUGAGCGCAGUCCGUAUGCGACUCAGUCACAACCACAUACGCGGAACUCUAGCACGGUACAAUCCGAGGAAGAUGGCAGAGAGCCUCUGGCGGUACCGAUAGAGCGAGAGCGAAAACCGUAUUCGGCCGCCCCUGGGGGUGGAAAGGUUUAUGGUGAGGAUCCUAGCCGAAACCCAAAUUCGGAAGCAUCUUCACAAGACUUCCGUAGACGCACGCAAUCUACGGCAAGCCAAAGCCAAUGGGUGCCGCCUUCUAACUCCACCUAUCUCCCUCAGCACCAUGCCCGUACAAACUCUACAACCACUGGCCGUCGUCAACGAAGCCCGAGCUUUUCCAAUCAUGGCACUCGAUCAGAUCCAAGCGUCCGCGAGAUACCAGGAAGCUAUUAUACCAGCAACAUUCAUGAUUCCGAAGAGGAGGGUCGCAAGCGACGAACUGACUGGGCUCGACGACAGGCUGAGGAAGAGGCCUCUGCUGGCUCUGCCGGAGGACACACGCGCAGAAGUAACACAAACAUGAGCGAUAGCUCCUAUGAAUCUCAGCCCCGGUCUGUGUACGACGAUGAUUACUAUAGGGACAGAAGCGCCAGCAAUGCCAGUGGCUUUGACAGCAGGUACGACUCGCGGCGCUAUUAAACGAUUGUUACGAGAACGGCCACCUUCGUUGAGUAAGACGACGUUUAUGAGAUACCCAUUGAGAUAUUAAUUGUACUUUAUGAUACUUGCUUCUGUUGGGUAC